AUGCCUGUGAAUAUUCAGAAAAGAUUCUGCUUUCUAACCUGUGAUGCAGCUAGUUACUUGGGAGACAACUUGCGAGGAAUAGGCUCCAAGUUUGUGAGGUCUUCUCAGAUGUUAACAUCAUGUUCAGAAUGUCCCACCCUCUUUGUAGAUGCAGAAACACUGCUAUCUUGUGGCCUUCUUGAAAAGCUGAAGUUCAGUGUUUUAGAGCUGCAGGAGUACCUGGACACAUACAACAACAGGAAAGAGGCAACACUCUCGUGGCUUGCAAACUGCAAAGCAACAUUUGCUGGGGGCUCACGAGAUGGCGUUAUUACCUGCCAGCCAGGAGACUCAGAAGAGAAGCAAAUGGAAUCUCUUGCACAAUUGGAACUCUGUCAGAGAUUAUAUAAACUGCACUUCCAGCUGCUAUUGCUUUUUCAAUCCUACUGUAAACUUAUUGGACAAGUGCAUGAAGUGAGUUCCAUGCCAGAGCUGUUAAAUAUGUCAAGAGAACUGAGUGAGCUGAAGAAAAAUUUGAAGGAUGCUACUGCUGCAAUCGCAGCUGACCCUCUGACAACAGAAUCUGAGCCCACAUUCAACUCUACUGAAGCAGCUAUUCAGUCCAUACUGGAAUGUUUGAAAAACAAUGAACUUGUUAAAGCUGUCAGACAAAUAAGAGAAUGCAGGAUUCUGUGGCCCAAUGAUAUCUUUGGAAGUAGCUCUGACGAUGAAGUCCAGACACUAUUGAACAUUUACUUCCGCCAUCAAACCCUGGGUCAGACGGGCACCUAUGCACUAGUGGGCUCCAACCAGAGCCUGACUGAAAUCUGCACCAAAUUAAUGGAAUUGAACAUAGAGAUCCGCGACAUGAUUCGCAGAGCUCAGAGCUACCGGGUCAAUACUUUUCUUCCAGACUCCAGCAUUUCUGGCACAAGUCUCUGACAGGACCCUCAGGUCCUCUUUCAAGCUGGGAAUGCUGCCCUGUGGGAAUGAGGUGGCUCGAUGUCUUCUGAGCCUUACAAAGGUUUGGUCAAACUGUACUCACUCUUGUUAUGUUUAGUAUCUCCUCUAAAAAGCAAUGGGCUGAACUUCAAACGUGUAGCAAUACUGUAAGGACAGACUUAGCAUAGAGCACCUGGGACAACAUCCUUGGUUCUGUGUUGCACAAAAACCAGUUAGCAUUUCACUGGGCAACUGCAACUCACUACUGAAGAAGUGACUUCCAUUGCAUACCAAAGCCUACUACACUGAACAAUACUUCCUUUAUAGCAAAUUAAUUUUAGGUUGGCAAAAGUGCAAUGUUUCCUUCGCAAAAUAGUAUUUUUUGUUAAAAAAAUAAACCUUGUACAUUGUUUUCUUUUUUUUUUUUUAAUUUAGUUGAGUGAAAGAUGGGCAGAAUGAAGCUGGCCACGGAAUCUCACAAACUUGUUGGUCAAAAGCUGAGAGCCUUUGUAUAUGAAACAAACUGUAAACAGACUAUAAUUUAAUGUACACUGUAAUUUGAAUAUGAUUACUGUAUCUUAAAACAACAAGCUGCUAUAAAGUGCAUUUCCUAAUGUUACUAGGCUACUGUCUCUGAAGGUACUGGAUCAUACUGCAGAGGUCUGUUCUUAGGCCACCUCCCAAGGAUCAAGAAUUGUAGUGGUAGAUUUUUUUUUUAAUUAUUAUUAUUAAGGACCUUGGGUGCUUUCUACUAGAGGUUUGCUUUUAUGAAUAUAUUUAUACUAUUAAAGGAUGGUUGAUCUAAUUUAACUUGCCAUUUUGUAGGAGAAAGUUCCAUCACAGAGUCAAAUCUUUUGAACUGUUAAGCAUGCAUAUUUUUAUUUAAUAUAAAUUUUGAGUAUAAAAAGGAAAAAUAUUAACAUGAAAUGCAAGUUCUCAUGUUAAGUUUCUUCAAACAGAGGUCUUAUUUUAUUUGUAAUGCAUAUAUAAAAGUCAUAAUUAUAUGGGUUUUUCUCACAUUUAACUGCUGUCCAGUGUUAAAUGUAUGCAUGUAAAUCUGUUGCCCAUCUGAGACACUUUUAUUCUGACAACUAUGUAACGUAUUCACGCUGUAAAUACACUUAACCAUUUUUGUGAAGUAACUUUGAAAUUUUGAUUAGUGCAUCCAUUUAACUAAAGUAUAAAAGUCAUAUAUAGUCACAACAUAGUAAUGCUUGUUGUGAAAAUUGUGUUCUUGUCUGAAUUGAUAGUGUUGCACAUGGUGUCCAGGAUCAGCAGCCCCUCAAAAGACACUUCCUCCUGUUUUGUGCUAAAACCAUGCAUAGAAAACUGUGAGAAAUGUAACUAGAGCCUGACAAAAAAAAAAAAUCCUUACAAUGCAGCUUGGAAGAGUACAACAGCAAAAGUAGUUUCAUUGGUCUUCCAGUGACUGUGAAAACCUCUCAACUUCCUUCUAUCCUAAAGAGUAUUUUUUACACUCAUCACAGAUACUCCCAUUCAAAAGGUUUUUCCCCUCCUCACGUCAAACUUUUUGCUCCUUUUUCACAGCCAUAGUCUUAUGGCAGAUAGUCUUCAAUUACCCAGCAGCUGUCAUUUUUUACAUAUCUAUUCCACAGAGGCAGGGGGAAGACACAUUUGCAUUUACACCAGACUGUAUGCUCCAGAAUAUUUGCAUUUUCCACUCUAGUUCAGUUUGAGUGACUGAAGGAAAAAUUUGCUAUUGUAGCUUGAAUCUUAGCAUUCCCUAAAGACUUCAAAACAAACCCAGCGAUCUUUAGGAAUGAUGGCUUGUUAUGUUAAGAUAUACUCUCCUCUUUCAUUGAAGGAAGAYGAAGCUAAGGGGUCUCAAACUAGUUAGCUAGCAAACCUUUAUUGAACUUUAUUUACAGAAUGUAUACAGUGAAGUUACAUUCUUUACAAUAAUACCAAGUCUUCAUCCUUUAUCCAAUGCCAGGUCAAAAGCCUUAAGUCAAAACAUUACAACAGACAAAGUGCAAAGCACAAAACAGAAGAGGGCACAUGGAUCAGACAAUGUAUUUGAAACUGUAAGUGCUAUCACAGGACAGCCUUUUCCCUUUGCAGCGGCCACAGAGUUCUUGGCGAUGAGGUCUCUUGAGAUCAAUAUGUCUCUUCUUCUGAGGGCAAGAACAACGAGUCUUGGAACACAUCUUACGAAAGAAGACAUGUUAUUAGUAGUGUAUCUGACAGGAUUCACUCUUUAGACUGACAUUUGCUUUUUCUUAAUCACAGCAACACAUUGGGGCUGGUACAGCUUAAAUCCACAGAAUUUUUAGCAGUAGAGCUCUUAAGAGUAAGAGCCUUCUCACCUAGAAGCACAAAACCCUACUUUACAUGUAGCAAGCCAUAAUGCUGUAUGAAAAUUGUUUAUGUAAGCCAUCCACAGGAGGAGAGAAGCACUAUGACACAUUURUUUUCUAGUAUUUUGAUGAAAGCAAGUUUCCUUGCAGAUAA